AUGAGGCACACUUAAGUUUAUCACUUGGAAAACUACAUGUCUUAGAAGUCACUAAUAAACAUUACUUAUAAGGAGCAGGACUAUUAGGAUCCUUAGCACAGCUUCCAUCCUUUUUGCAAAAGUUUUCAUCAUUUAUACAUACAUUUUUUAAAGAGCAAUAAUUAGCAUCAGUGCAUUGAGUACCUAAUUUUGAGCAAUAAGAUUAGUAGUCAUCAUUUGCAGGGCCUUAGCAUGUAAUUGUAGUUUAAGCAACUUAACAACUAUCAACAGCUGUACAUUAAGCAACAGUUUUGGGAUUUUUAGGGCAAGAUUAAGCACUUGAGCAAGAAUUGUUACUCCAUUAGCAGCCUUUUAUACCUUAACAAAGAUUUUAAUUAUUUACACCAAUGCAUGAGCUUUAGCAAGUAAUAUUGGCUAAUUAACAAGGACCUGAACAAUCUUAAUCGGCAGUUGGAGUAUUUACAGUUGAUGGGCAUUUUUUUAAAUUAGAACUACAUAGUUAUGAUUGAGUACAGAAUGGUUUAUCUGGAGUAUUGCAAUUUUCAUAGGUGCUUUUUUCGCAACCCCAUGUAUUGA